AGUGAGUUUUGCAGCAGGGAAACGAUGGGAGGAUGACCACUUUCCCUCCUCCUCUCUCCGGACGACAGGAAGGAGGAGGAAAGGAGGAGGAGCGCAGAGAUCUGACGCAGUGUGCGGAGCUGCUGCUGCCUCACUUCCACUCCGCUCCCCGGAGGACCCACGGCGGCUGCAGCCAUCACAAACACUCGGCUCCUCCCGGACUCUGGGAGCCUCAGGGCGGUUUCUGUGCGCGACGAUGUUGACUGUGAUGAUCAGAGGGCAGGCGGGGCCCCGGGCCUCGGGCUCAGGGUUGAAGCUGGAGCUGUAAUCGCGGAGGUCUGCUCUCAUUGUGUGCUGAGUGGCGCAGGAGAAGAGGAUGUCUCCGCGGCCGCAGGAACCCCUCCCAUUCCUGCCACAACACUUGAUUACUAGCGGACACCGAGGGGCUGUUGUCCCCCUUCUGACCGAGGGCUUGUUCAUCGGAGGAGCGCUGGUUUUUGAGGGACUUUGUCCACCAUGCAAACUCUCAUCAUGAAUCAUGAAAACUCUCAAUGAAAACAACGAGGAGGAGGAGAAGGAGAAGGAGAAGGAGGGAUCUGGGUGCAACGCCAUGGAGGAAACGGAGAACAAUCUGAAAACGGCCAGGUUGUGGAGGGAUGCCGCCCUCCGCUCCAGGAAGCUGCGGAGCAACCUCCGCCAGCUGACCCUCUGCUCCAAAAACAACCAGAUCAUCCUGCCCGACGAUAUAUCCGACAUAGAGGUGCUCAACCUGGGAAACAACUCCCUUCAGGAGCUGCCGGACGGACUGCAGUCCACCCUCAACAACCUGCGCAUCCUCAUCCUGCGCAGGAACAGGUUCUCCUCAGUGCCCAGGGUGGUGUUUGAGCUGGGGCAGUUGGUAGAGCUUGACAUGAGUCACAACUGUGUGAGAAGCCUGCCUGAUGGUGUGGGGCAGCUGAAAGGACUGAAGAAGCUCUGCAUCAGUCACAACAAACUCCAGAACCUUCCAGCUCAGAUUGGAGCGCUUCAGACUCUGGAGGAACUUGACAUCAGUUUUAACGACCUGCACGACUUCCCCAGGUCCUUCACCAGCCUCUGCAAGCUGCGAACUCUGGAUGCAGAUCACAACAAGCUGAACCGGUUCCCCGCUGAGAUCUUGACCCUGGGGGAGCUGGAGGAGCUUGACCUCUCUGGGAACAAGUUUCAGGCGUUGCCAGCUGACAUUUUGAGGCUGAAGUCCACCAAGAUCCUGUGGCUCAGCAGUCUGCACAUGUCCUCCUUACCUGACACUUUCUGUCACCUGCACAACUUGGAGAGCCUGAUGCUGGAUGGAAACAACCUCACAGUGCUGCCUUCAUCCUUUGCUCAGCUGCAAAGACUGAAAAUGAUAAAUUUGUCCUCCAACGAGUUUAAUGAAUUUCCACAGGCUGUUUUAAGCAUUACAGGAUUAGAGGAACUGUACCUGAGCAGAAAUAAACUGACUAAUAUUCCAGAGGGAAUUGCUCAGCUGGUGAAGCUGGUAAAUCUCUGGCUGGACAACAACAACAUCACUCAUCUACCUGAUUCCAUUGUGGAGCUGGAGAAGUUGGAGGAACUUGUUUUACAGGGUAACCAAAUAGCCAUUCUUCCAGAUCAUUUUGGCAAGCUGUCCAGGGUUAACAUUUGGAAGGUGAAAGAUAACCCUCUCAUCCAGCCUCCAUAUGAGGUGUGCAUGAAGGGAAUCCCAUACAUUGCUGUCUACCAGAAGGAACUAGCACAGUCUCAGCUUGCUGUAAAGCCAUGGCUCAAACUGGUUCUGAUGGGGACAAAAAAUGCUGGGAAGACCAAGCUGAGACAGAGCUUGGUACCAACUGAGCAGGACGUCAGAGGAACCCAGGGAAAUAAAGGAAUAGAAGUCACUAAUUGGGUGGCAGACUCUGAUCGCCAUCUAAUGUUCUUAGUGUAUGACUUGUCAGGGAACCUUAAUUAUGACCUCAUCAAACCCUUUUUUCUCUCCCCCGGUGCUCUCUAUGUUCUCGUUGUCAAUCUUAAAGCUUACUCGCCCAAGAACUUUUAUGCCCACAUCGGGUAUUUCCUUCACCUGCUGUGCGCUAAAGUCCCCCAUGCUGUUGUGUGUUUGGUGGGGACACAUGCAGACCUGUGUGGAGAGAUAGAGGUGGAGGAGAAAACUCUGGACAUACACAGACAGAUCGGCCUCCAGGAGAGGAGCGACAUCCAAUGUCUAAUAAGCCUGGUCCAGCAGGUAGACCUCGCUCUGGAGCAAGGCUAUAAGGUCCGCACCUCCAGCCCACACGUUCUCUUUUAUGGUGUCAGCGACAAGAACCUGAGGCGCAAGAAAGCCCAGUUGCAGUACAUGCUUAACCAGCGAUUGCAGAUCCUGUCCCCGGUCCUGAAUAUUAGCUGCACAGAGACCCAGAAGAACAUCCAGAGGCUGAGGGAGAAGCUCAUGUCGGUUGCAGACCACAGGGAGAUUUUCCCCAACCUUCACCGUGUGCUGCCAAAGUCUUGGCAGAUGUUGGAGGAGUUGCACUUUAAAUCCAAAGAUCUGUGGCUGUCAUGGUGGAGCUCAGCCCGUCUGGGCCUCCAGGCGGGACUCACAGAGGACCGACUGCAGAGCGCCUUGUCCUACCUGCAUGAGAGUGGGAAGCUGCUUUACUUUGAGGACAGCAUCACACUGAAGGAGUAUGUUUUCCACAAUCUUCCACGUUUUAUUGCAAUUCUUAAUGUCUUCUUUCAGAGGGACAAGUCCACUCUAUUGGACCGGCUGCUGUCUGAAGGGGAAAGGGGUGACAAGGGGAGAGUGAGUCUAGUUAUUGAGGAUGAGAAGGGAGAGAACCUCAGGGUCACUCAUCUUCAACAGCACCUGGAGGGCUUCCUCCAUGAUGGCCUCCUGCCCUCCAAUGUCAUCCGCCUGCUCCUCAGACCACACAUUGAGACACAGCAGGACCUCCACCUCAUUAUGGAGCUCCUGGAGAAGAUGGGUGUCUGCUACUGCAUCAACAAACCUCGUACCAAGCCCUUGAAUGGAGCCACAGUGUGGUACAAGUUUCCCAGCUAUGUCAGUAGCGAGGAGGCUCAGUUAGAAGACUCAGUGGGAGGAAACUCUCUGAAUCUUAGCCCCUUGUUUUCAGUGGAGCAGCUCUACAUCCAGUACAGCUUCCCUUUCCUGUUCCCUCCUGGACUUUUUGCACGCUUCAGUGUGCAAAUCAACAACCAUGUGGUCCAGCGAUCAGAUGGCAGGCAUCAGAUAUUUGCCUAUCGGGGGAAGGUCCCAGUGGUGAUCAGUCACCAGCCCUCUAAGGGGAAGCUGUUCAUGGAGACUUUGUCCAUCGCUAGCCACGCCUCACUGCCUAACAUCUGGACCGCCUGGCAGGCUGUCACUCCACUGGUGGAGGAGCUGAACAUGCUGCUGCAGGAGUGGCCUGGCCUGCACUAUAAUGUACAUAUUUUCUGUUCCAAGUGCCUCAAGAGAGGGUCGUCCAACCCGCAUGCCUUCCCAGGUGAGCUGCUGAGCCAGCCGCGGCCCGACGGUCUGACUGAGAUCAUCUGUCCAAAGAAUGGCUCGGAGCGGGUCGACGUGGCCCUGGUUUACCCCCCCACUCCCACAGCUACGAGCCCCAAGUGACUCCACUGCUCCCCCCCACCCCCCAGCCCUCACACCCAUCUACACGAAAACAUGGCUGCCCCGGCUCAUCUCACAGUGUCUCCAGACGCCACGUCCCCCACCACUCCUGCUGUCCUCCUCCAUCAUCAGCACCGCUGCUUCUGCCAACACUGGAGCUCACAUCAACGUUUAGGUUUGUGGCUCUGCCUGUUGGCGUCAGCCUGGUGCAGACGGAGGAGCGGCUCAGCAUUCUGUAGCAUCAACCACAAACGCUGUUUCAGAAGUUUCUCCCUGGACUCUGAGAUGAAACAGUGAAUCUGAAUAGUAGUCUCAAACUCAUGGUGCAUUUAUUUGGAAGAAGGCUCCCAUCCUGAAGCUGCAGACCUGCAGGGCAGCGUGGAGGAGAGCAGGAGCAGGCUGUCUUUACUCUCACAUGCAGCUAUUCAGUGCAGACCACAAGUCACAGUCAUUCAUCACAGACAUCUCAGUCAGGUCCUAACUAAAUGUAACUGCAGAAGACAGGCCAGCAGGUGGAGCCAAAGAUGCAGGAGGAUCAUUUAGAUAUCAGAGAAGCAGCCAGAAGGUCGAGCUGGUCUGGACGUUCUAAUCACUUCAUGUCAUUUCUCACACAAAUCAAAGCUGUUUCUGGGCGGGGCUUCAGGAAAUAUCUGGAAAACUCCAUUUUAUUUUACCAUCAGACGAUCCAUGAAGCUGAGGAUUAGACAGCAGCAGAGCCACCAUGGGCUCGGAAGCCUUUCAGGUGGUUCUUCUAGAAACAACUGUAAGAUAUUAACUACUCUCAACUAUUCAACGAUAUUUCACUUUAAAACUCUUGAACUGUCCCUUUAAGGCCUGCCCUUUCACUGCCCAUUGCGGCUAUGAUCACACAAGUUGUUUAGGGAAUGCAGUGAAACAUUUCCAGACUUUUCCCCCAAAUCCAAUUUUCUAAAAGAUAGCUUAAAAUAUCUGCUGGAAAUUUAUUGUUAACAACUUUACUGAGAUGUCAGAGAAUGAAAAAUGACGUGAUUUUGAAAAUGAAAAAUCUGUAGCAACCCUGUGCAUAAUGUACAGGUAAUGACAAAAAUAAGUUUCCCUUCCCAGGACAGUGAAUGCAUCAGGGUUUAAGGAUGACCACAGAUAUGUGUCUUAUGUAAUGAAGGGUUUCGGUUGUCAGGCUUGUUGUUGACCUGAGGACAGAAGGGCUGGCCACUAGAUGGCGCCACAAUAAACAACAAUGAUAAAAAUGUUUUUGCAAAGGUGCCUCCUAAUUGUUCCAGCUGGAACUGCUCCCACAGAACUUUGCAAGAACUUUUCCUGUUAGUUACUUUCAUGUUUUUCUCUCCACAUGCAGUUAGUUUUAUUGUGCCAGAAUUUCCUACAUCUGGAUCUGAUAGACAUCUUGGAGAAGACAGCCUAGCUGUGGGACUGGAUCCACAUCACUCACAUAACAUUCCUCUCAAAAUCCAGAUUUCUCAAACACUGACUACUAAAGAAAGCUUGAUUCUUAUUAUAAGUCAACUCAGACAUUUACAUGUGUGUGUGUGUGUGUGUGUGUGUGUGUGUGUGUGUGUGUGUGUGUGUGUGUGUGUGUGUGUGUGUGUGUGUGUGUGUGUGUGUGUGUGUCAAUAAAUUAGAACAUUAUUGAAAAGUUAAUUAAUUACAAUAAUUGAUUCACACAGACAUGUGAACCUAAUGCAAAACAUAUUUUUAGUACCUCCUUAAAGGUUAUUUGUGUUAAUUUUACAAAUGAGCCUCAUUAGAACAUCAGAAGACAUUCUACAUUCUGAUGAGGUGUUGGGAUGUAGAUCCCUGCUGCUGCCCAACGGGAUCCAUCAGAGCUGUGGAAAUGUGACAUGAAGUGCAGAAUGGAACAGACCGAAAGUGAAACAAAAAAACUAUCUACCAUUCAGCAGCUGAAGAACGUUUCAACACUAAGCAGAGAGUUCCUGGACACCGCUCAUCAUGGCCUUGUGGUCUGCACUUCAUCAGACCCUGAAUGAUGGCUGGUGAUCCACUAAUCUCCUCUUCCUCACACGCCCUUCAACAGGCCACAUGUUAGCAGAGCAGAGUGUUCACAUUUUUCUCUAAACUGCCACCUCUGGCUGAACAACUGAACCAUUCAGAACAGUGACUGCUGUAAAGGAUGAGAUCUGGUUGUUCCCACUCUAAAGAGCUUUUCUGCAGGAUUAAACUAAAGACUGUUUUCUUUCAUGUAAAUAAUAUCUUUAUUUUUCUACUUAGACACAACGUGUUAAACUGUGGCAUAUAUACAGUGCAAUGCUGUGCAUGACUUGAGAGACAUGCACUAAAGGUUUUAUAUGUAGCUGGUUUCAAUAUGAAUACCAAAUAAAUCGAUAUCUGGCUUUAA